CAUCGUGCACACUAAUACAUCCUCUAUCUCUGUAUACAAGGACCGUGGUUCAUCAUACACACUGAUGUAUCUCCUGUCUGAGGAAACAAUAGAUUAGACACUAGGGAUAAUGUCGUAUGAAGCUAUAGCCGCCUUCGAGCCGGAAGGGUCGGAGGAAAUACGGUUACAGGUUGGAGACAUAUUCCGAAAAGUGAAAGAUGUUGGAAAUGGCUGGGUUAUUGGGACGAAUAUCAAUACCAACGAAACUGGGGUUUUCCCUGCAUCCUACGUCCAGAAGGUGGAGACGUUCACCACUAAUAUCAUACGUAGGUUCACUAAGGCCAGAUCUCGUAGGAACCAGGAGCCUCAAUAUAAUAGUCAAAUCGACAGACCAGCUCUCGAACCAGAUAAUACUGUCAUGGAGAUGAGAGAUUUGAAGUCAAAAAUGGGAAACGAUUCCGAGAUAGAGGAUUCUGAUAAUGCCGAAGACUUCGACACAGACAAUGACAUCGUCAGUGACCACGAGGAAGAACUAAGUGAAAUGGACGAGGAUAAAACAGAGGAGGCAAAAGAAAAACGUCUUAACCAAAUAAAAAAUUUUGCUGAUCAACUAUUUUCCAGUGAAAGAAACAAGUUUGCUUGGCAGAAAUCUGUUUUCGGAAUUAUCAUAGGGAUAUUAGCUGGCGUUGGACUGUUCUUCCUGCUUGCUUACGGCUUUAAAAUUGCCCUGGAUAUCGCAGGCUAUAUAACCUUGGGUUUGACGUUCUUUAUGUGCCUCGGUCUGGCUUUGUCGGUCCAUUGCAGGUGUAUAGGCCUACUGAUGUUGCCCAGUCUUGCCUCAGCUCGUGGUCGAGCCCUUCUUCUCACAAUCAUUGUGGGCAUCCUUUUAUCGGGACCUGUUCAUAAUAUCUCAAACAACGCGAAGGAGGUCUCCACAGCCAUGGCAUGCAGCAUGAACGUGAUCUACAACCAAAGCGAGUCCUUAAAAACCCAGCUUCAGGAGCCCAUCAAUCAGGCCGCUGACCAGAUCGAAGAGAACACAAAGGGCCUACGAGCCAUCGGCAAUGCCAUAGAGAGUGCGUUUGGACCUGUUGCAAGUGCCAUCAACGCCAUUGACAGCGGGGCACAGGACGCCAAAGCCGUCCUCAACGCCGCGUCAGUGGAAUGUAAUCGUCUUUUCACCGAUGCGUACACGUCGUGUGUAAGUGAAAUAAGCAACGCCAAGACGAAAUGUGUGAGCACGUUAGGAUCACUGGGACUAAAGAGGAAACGGCGCGAGACAGAAAACGAACUGAAGGAUUUUAUACGGGAACACAAGCACCUAACCCUAGCACUACUAAUGAAAGGGGAACAUCAUCGAUUCAAGAGAGGAUUGGCUGAUGUCUGUGACAUCUUAGACGUGUCGGGUGUGUGUCAGGUUGUCAACAUAGGCUCAUUCGCAUGCUCUCCUGUCGAGGCUCUGGACUCAGCUGCUAACGCCGUCGCCAAGGAAGUCCAAAAAGGAAUAGAUGAAAUAGAGAGUUGGUUCGCGUUUGAUGUGAUAAGAGAACUUGGUCUAUCCGGAUUAGCUAACGCUACCAAAACUCCCGGCGAGUUUAUCGACGAAGUGGAAUCAAGCUUAAACUAUAAUGUUGACUGGAUACAAUUCGGGGUGACUUUGGUCACUAAUUUACUUGCCCUUUCUCUGCUUCUUUUAUUUAUCCAAUCAUUUGUGUACCUGAAGUAUUACAUUUCCCGUGACGAGUACAACAACAUAUACAUAACAACAGCGUUCAAGGCUUACGACAAAGAGCGGGAAACGAAAGGAGAGUCAUUCAUCCUUCCCCUGAGGAAACGAGAAAAACGUAUGUACACAGACACCAAAUCACCGAAGAUGUCCCCGGCCGAGGUCAGGUCUAGUACAGUAGGAAUCAUACAGGUUAUCUUACACAUGAUAUUCGCCUUCCUCAUCGUCUUCUUCGACUACAUUCUCUACUACUGUGUAUAUCUGAUACACCGUUACGGUCGAGUGAACAUCGAACUGUCGGGACAAAGCAGUAUACUGCUAGAAAUCACUGGUACAGGUGAGAUCGCCAAGCUGAUGCGCUCUUUUAUAACUGGGAUCAACCUCUAUAACGUAUACGAUGCCGAUUUUAACGUCACCAGUUGUCUCCCUAACCCUGCCGAGCCUAAUGUUAACCUUUUCUAUGCUUAUGCUGUCCUAUACGGCCUGGCUAUAAUAGCCGUGUUAUCGCAGUCCUACAGCCUUCGUCUGAGGAGGAAAAUAUGUGCCUAUUACUACCCAGAACAGGAGCAGGAGAGGACCGUGUACCUACACAGAAAAAUACGACAUGACAGAAAAACACAUCAGUUACAACUUAAACAGCAUCUCCGCAGCAUGAAGAAGGAAAGACGGAUGACGAAGAAAAGUGAUAACAAAGGACCAUUUGCAGGAAGGUUUGGGAAAAAGAAACCAGAAUCGAGAACCUGUCUCAACUGUGGAUCAAACGAAGGCGAAUAUCUCAAAAUAGUCACUUGUACAAAUCCAACGUGUUCAGCCGAUUAUUGUGAAACUUGUAUGAACGAAAUCGGCGAAAAAUGUCACCUUUGUGGAGGUGGUGUCAAUUAGAUACAUAACGACGGGGAUGUUGGUAAAAUGUACCGCGAUAUAUAUAUAGCCUUUAUCGAACGUUAAAGGCCUUGUUCUCUACAUGAUCCCAUGGUGGUAUCUGACAAUUCAUCGUAUUAAUUAUUCAAUUUGUUAAUACUUUCUUAAUUCCUUAACUAUCGUUGUUUUUUUGGACAUCUCAAACAGCAUCCCUCAUAUAUCCUACAUUACAUUGCUGCUUUUUCGAUACUCAAUUUGGUCGCCUCCCGUCGUCGACUCGACAGUCCCUAACAGUCGGUAUAGUGUAUCCCAUAGUGACAUUUCGGCACUCAAUAAUUUUGGUUUGUACAGUCCUGAUAAUAUUUAUAUACCUUUGCUCUCAGGAACGUUGGCCAAUUUAAUUCUUUACAAGAUAUUUUGAGAGUUCCAUGUAUCAACACUUCAGACCCUUGGCAUCACUGACGAGUCCCAUAAGGACGAAACAACUGUAUGAUACAGUGUAAUUCACAUUAGUUCUUCUGUAUCUAAAGAUUUGAAAAAUGUUAUAAUGUCUUUUGUAUCUUCUUUUUUUUUUACAAACGUUAGGCAUUCUUUGGAAACUUUGAAACAUUGCCGAGCGAAUUAAUUGGUCCUUAUUUUGAAAUAUUACAUAAAAACAUUUGUUAGCCCUUCGUUUGGAAUCUCUUCUGACAUGCCAAAAACCGAAGCUGUAAGCCAUUGUCUUCAAUUGUUAAUGAAACUUGUAAGUCAUUCUUUCGAAAUAUCCACAUCCAUGAAAAAUGUGUCAGUCCUUUAAUGAAUUGUUAAUACCCAAUUUGUUUUGAAAUGCCAAUUAUGUACGUCAUUGUUUUGAAACUAAAGAGCAAAGAGAUUAGCAGUUUUAUGAAAUAUCAAUGAGCAAAAUGUGUAACUUCUUAAGAAAUAUAUGUGAAGCUUAUUUUGAAUUAUUGCUGAGCAAAUGAAUUGGUCCUUGUUUUAAAAUGUAAUGAAGACAUUCGUCAGCCCUUCGUUUGAAAAUAGUAUAGAGCAAAUUUGUUCGCCUUCUACUUUUAAAUACCAAUGAACAAUUUUGUUAACCAUUCUUUUGAAACAUCCAUAAACAAAUUUGUUAACAAUUCUUUUGAAAUAUCAAUAAACCCAUUUGAAACUAUUAUUUUUAAAUGUUGAACACAACUGUAAGUCGUCUUUUUAAAGUCCAUGAACAAAUAUGUAAGCCAUUGUUCCAUCAUCAAAUUUGUAAACCAUCGCAUUGGAAUGUCCAUGAACAAAUUUUCAAGCCUUUUUAUUGAAAUAUCCUUGAACAAAUAUAAAAGGCAUUGUUUUGGAAUGUCCAUGAUCAUACUUAAAGCCGUCUUUUGAAAAAUCCAGGAGUAAUUUUGAAAUAUCAAAGCUUCGCACAAUGCAGUGUAUAUAGUUCAAAUUACAUUGUGAUCACUGUUAUUAUCAGUAUUAUAAAAAUAUUGUUAUGCAUGA